GUUACCUAGACUGGAGUCUGCAACAAUGGGAGGGAAUUGAUCCCGUGUCUUAAUACUUAUAGAGAUCUGGAAAUUAUUGAAUGAAUUGGAGGAUCUUGACUCUUGCCCGGGGGAUGAGCGACAACGGAGGAUCAAAUGUCGAGGAGAGCGACGAAGCCGAUGAUUUUCUUGAUUACGAUGCGGUUCUACGAUGUCAUAUUUGUCAUCACCUUUUCCGGAAGCCUCGGAUUUUGCCAUGCGGUCACACGUUCUGUGAGGAGUGUUUGAUUCAGCUGAGGGAUAAAACUGCAAGGGAGUGGCGGAUGAAGUUCCCCCUAAACAACAAACGAGGAGAUGGGGGGACACUCCAUUGUCAGAUUCCUGGAUGCCAAUAUUCAAUGAAGCUAAUGAAUUUGACACGUUGGGCGCCGAGGAACAGAGUUGCAUCUGAAGCAAUAAAGGUGUUGAAACGAAACAGUUUUGCACAAAUGGGUCCUACCAAAAGAAUAUCUGAAAACUCCUUAGAUAUGCUUGACUGUCAUUCAAAUCAUUAUGGAAAGACGCGUAGAAACCUCUGUAUUACGACAGGGGAAGGUGGUAAUGCAGAAAUUGUCAGCAAAGUAGCCUAUACAAAUCAUCGUUAUAAUAAAUUUGCAAUUGCCAUGCAGUUACGUCAUACUACACUUAAUGGUGCCCCUCCACCAGGAUACACCGAUAAUGUUGACGGAAAAUCUUUCUGCACCAAUGCUAUUUAUGACGCUAUAAUACAGAGUGGAUUUGGAUCGGCAAAAAUGAUACAUGUUCCACCAAAGGCUGUCCAAGGAUGGAGAUCUUUUGCAGUUGUCUUUGGCAUCCAAGCUAUUGGUGAAUGCUUCUCCUUUCAGUAAGAUUUCAAUCUUAAAAUCUAUUAUGUUCGUUACUUCUGCGAGUGAAAGGAAAAAUGAAUGAAGUCUUCUGGAAAAGAUUUUAUUUUCAUUGUGGAUUUUCGCUAUUGUCUUAUUUAUCAUAAGAACACCACAGAAGGAAUUUCGCUCCAUAAUGAAAAUAAAAAUUCGACAUUUUUCG